GGCCAAAGCCUCUUCUAAAACCAAAACAAACGAAAUCCCCAAUUGCUACAUGACAUCUCCAACUAUCACAACCACCAAUUUCUAGCUUUCAACCAAACCCCAAUGGCGGUUCGCGCCAUGAACAGCUGCGUAAUUUUCCGUUCCGCCGCAACGCCACCGCUCGCCGCCUCACGCAGAUGCUGUGUCCGUCAAUUCACCACCUCCCGAAAUAGAAAGCAUUUGAAUUUACAUUCAUUUCUCCGUUGUACGCCUUAUCCUCUUAGCCACGUCACUGUUCGGAGCUAUUCAGUUCACAACCUCGUUGAAAUGGUCAUGGAAGAGCUCGCAUCCAUUCGCAAACGUGGCAGAGUUCGUGCUACUAGCAAGCUGGAAUUAGCAAGCACAGGAGAGCUUCUUGAGGACAAGUUGAGAAAAGGAACACUACAGAAAGGACUACUGCUGGAGUUCAAGAAGGAUUCUGAAAGGGUGCUGCUAGCAGUUGCUCUUAAACCUGAUGGCAAAAAGAAUUGGAUGGUCUCUGAUCAGAAUGGGAUUACGACCUCCAUUAAGCCACAACAAGUAACUUUUAUUGUUCCUGGUGUUGAAAACUUUGAGCCCACAGAAAUAUCAGAUUUUGUUCAGAAAGCUCAGGAUAACUUGGACACAGCACUACUUGAAUUUGCAUGGAAUGAGCUUGUUGAAAAAAACAAAUCCGUAACAGUUCAGGAACUGGCUGAGAUGAUUUUUGGUAGUGCGGAGCCUCUUGAGAGCUAUUGUGCGCACCUACUGUUAUCGAGAGAUGAGGUGCAUUUCACAGUUCUGGAGUCAAAAGGUCUUUCUCCUGUAUAUGGACCUCGGACUGCUGCCCAGGUGGGCGAACUUUCACGAAGGAAGCUUGCUAACGAGGCUGCAGAGAAGGAGUUUGAGGAACUUAUACAGUUACUGCGAUCUGCUAAACAAAUGCCUCCUCAGGACAAACCGCCAAGAUCUUCCUGGAAGACUGAAGAGAAAAUCUGGCACAAGAUUGAGUCUCUUGAAGCUUUUGCCAUUGAUGCUUGCAAAAACGAUGAUCAAAAGAGAACAGCUGGGAUGAUUUUGAAGGCCAUGGGACUGGCAAAGACCUCAUCUGCAGCAGUGAAUCUCCUCAUAGAUAUAGGGUAUUUUCCUGUACAUGUAAAUCUUGAUUUGUUAAAGUUAAACAUCCCUACUGAUCAUCGAGACGAGAUUAUGUCGGUCGCAGAGAGUAUUUUGUCUUCAUCAACAGACCUUGAUGAGGCUGAUAGAGUAGACCUGACUCACCUGAAGGUUUACGCGAUUGAUGUUGAUGAGGCUGAUGAGCUUGAUGACGCAUUGAGUGCAGCAAGGCUGCAGGAUGGCCGGAUUAAAGUUUGGAUACAUGUUGCAGAUCCAACUAGUUUACUUCAGCCAGGAAGUAUAAUAGACAAAGAUGCCAGAAGAAGAGGAACUUCUAUAUUCUUGCCUACUGCAACAUAUCCGAUGUUUCCUGAAAGGUUGGCCAUGGAAGGCAUGAGUCUGAAGCAAGGAAAGCUGUGUAAUGCUGUCACUGUGUCUGUUGUGCUGCGUUCUGAUGGCAGCAUUGCAGAAUAUUCGGUGGAAAACUCAAUCAUCAAGCCAACAUAUAUGUUAACCUAUGAGAGUGCAACAGAGCUCCUUCAUUUGAAUCUUGAAGAAGAGAUUGAACUGAAAAUUCUUUCUGAAGCAGCUGCACUCCGGUUAAGAUGGCGUCGAGAACAGGGUGCUAUAGACACAGGCACCUUAGAAACACGUAUUAAGGUGACCAGUCCAGAUCAUCCAGAGCCAUCAAUCAAGUUGUAUGUUGAAAAUCAGGCUGAUGCAGCUAUGAGGCUUGUUUCUGAGAUGAUGAUACUCUGUGGGGAAGUUAUAGCCACUUAUGGUUCUCAUAACAACAUUCCUUUACCAUACAGAGGACAGCCUCAAUCUAAUAUCGACACAUCUGCAUUUGAACACCUUCCUGAGGGACCUGUCAGGAGUUCUGCUAUUGUUCGAAUUAUGCGUGCAGCUGAAAUGGAUUUCAGGAAUCCUGUACGCCAUGGGGUGUUGGGACUUCCAGGCUAUGUUCAGUUUACCUCCCCUAUCCGAAGAUAUAUGGAUCUCGCAGCCCAUUACCAGGUAAAAGCCUUUCUUAGAGGUGAUUCUCUUCCCUUCUCAGCUGGGGAGCUGGAAGGCAUUGCCUCUACGGUAAACAUGACAACCAGAGUUGUAAGAAGGCUUUCCAGCAGCAGUCUUCGUUAUUGGAUACUGGAGUACUUGAGAAGGCAACCGAAAGGGAAACGGUUUCGCUCUCUAGUCCUUAGAUUCAUCAAAGACCGAAUAGCUGCAAUACUGUUGACGGAGAUUGGAGUUCAAGCUUCUUCUUGGGUGUCUCUUGGUGUACAAAUUGGUGAUGAAGUAGAUGUGCAAGUUGAAGAAGCUCAUCCGCGUGAUGAUGUUCUCUCUCUUAAGGAGGUUGAGGCGGUAUAGGAUUUGCUUGCGCAGACCAGAGAGCUUAUGACGGAGACGAGCAUUCCUAGCAUUUAGUUGCAACAGUUAACGGAAUAGUUCCUUGUGUAUAUGCUUAGAUGAUGUCUCUCUAAUCUGGACUUUCAAAGAGUUCAUACCUUGGGGUUGAUAUAUCAGUAUAACCAGUGUCGAGGGACUCAGGAAGCUCUUAGAAUGACAAGUUACAGUUUAUAUACAUGGUGGAGAUGCAACCACACAAGGCCAAUGACGUUUCUCGCGUUUUUGUUUGAGCUUUGAAGUUCUGAUCAUAUAUGGACAGCGGAAUUUGAGUAUCGUCCAUCUAUGUUAUUGAGUUUUGACUGAGCUGUACAGAUUUUGGUCAAUAAGUACAAGUUUUCAGUCAGUCUUUUCUUCUCACAUCAUCAGGAAGUUCAGUGAUGGUCUGAUUUUCAUCAAGGAUAGGUUUCAAUUUAGUUUGGUCUCUGCCUACAAGCAAUGCGGAGAUAGAUUGAAUUGAAUGUACCAGUUGUUACUUUGUUAUAUGAAUAUAACUAUAUGCAUAGUGAUGCCAGAAGGAAGAGAGGGAAAGGAUACAACUUACAUGAAUGUAAAAUUGUAAAUGCAUAAAGGUUCAAUUUUCUCCUACAUAUGAUACCCAAUAUAUCUUCAUUCCGUGCA